UUCCUCGGAUUCGUUCUCGAAACGUCCUCACAAUAUCGCCAGAUUUGAUCCAUUUCUUCCUCCAGCAGUUGCUGCAUACUCCUACAUAGCUAGACCGAUCUGUAUCGAUCGGCAGCCAUGGCGGCGUGCAGGGGCGGCGGCGCCCGGGACGUGGACCGGAUCAAGGGCCCCUGGAGCCCCGAGGAGGACGACGCGCUGCAGCGUCUGGUCGGCCGCCACGGCGCCCGCAACUGGUCCCUGAUCAGCAAGUCCAUCCCGGGCCGGUCCGGCAAGUCGUGCCGGCUCCGGUGGUGCAACCAGCUCUCCCCGCAGGUGGAGCACCGCCCCUUCACCCCCGACGAGGACGACGCCAUCCUCCGCGCGCACGCCCGCUUCGGCAACAAGUGGGCCACCAUCGCCAGGUUGCUGUCCGGCCGCACCGACAACGCCAUCAAGAACCACUGGAACUCAACGCUCAAGCGCAAGCACAGCUCCGCCUCGGAGCAUGGGUCCCCUGCUCGUGACGCGGCCGACGGCGACGACGGCCGGCCGCUGAAGCGGACCAGCAGCGACGGGGGCCACCACGCGGGGUCCCUCUGCUUCAGCCCCGGCAGCCCCUCUGGGUCCGACCUCAGCGACUCCAGCCACCAGAGCAUGCCCUCCGUCAUGCCGUCCGCUGCCGCCGCUCAGGCGUCGGCGCACGUGUACCGCCCGGUCGCGCGGACUGGCGGGGUCGUCAUGCUCCCGACGGCAGCGGCGCCUCCUCCCAUGCCAGAACCGGCGUCUCCGCCGCCGUCGCCAGCGACGUCCCUGUCGCUCUCGCUCUCCUUGCCCGGCCUGGAUGCACCCGAGGCAGCCCCGGUGGCGCCGCCCAUGGUACUUCAUCCUGUACAGUCCGCCGCUUCACCGUCUCAACAGAUGCCUCCGCCCAUGGCACCUCCUCAUCCUGCACAGCCCGCCGCCUCAGCGUUUCAUCAGAUGCCGCCGCCGCCGCCCAUGCCGUUCCAGCUGCAGCAGCCACCGAUGCCGCAGGCCCAGCCGCGGCAGGCCGGGGCCUUCAACGGGGAGUUCCUGUCGAUGAUGCAGGAGAUGAUCCGGAUCGAGGUCCGGAACUACAUGUCCGGCUUCGACCCCCGCUCGUCGCCCGCCGACGGCGUCCACGCCGCCAAGCGCAUGAUGAGCAUGGCCAAGAUCGAGUAGUGAGCACAAGCAUCACUAGCUCAGGAACAAGAUAAGUCUGCUCAAACUCUAGAGAGUCGAUGCACCGACCGACAAGAGAAGAAGAAACAGAGGCGGCAAGUGAAGAGAAGAACACGCAGCAGCUCGGCGUCCAGUCUAGAUCUUCCCAGCAAUAAUUCCUUAGCUCCUGGUCUUAUCUAGAGGUCUUUUUUUUUGGUUGGUUCACUUCCAUUCUUUUUCCUCCUCAAGCUCCAAGAUGUCCGUGGUAGCUCGUUCUCCGCAGAUCAGAUGAAGAAAACUUCAUCUACAAAUAAGCUAGGUCAAGAGUUCUUUUUUGUACAGAGGAAAACAAAUGAAAUGCGAAAGGGGAAAAAGAGCGGCCAACAAA